CCAAGUGCACUGCUUUAUAAUCGAGUGGAAGACUUUAUAAUGACAAAUGUGAACUUGACCCUUGCUGAGUGAUGGCCGAUAGAUAUCGGUACUGGUGCUUCCAUAUCGAAUAGCUUACCCAGCUCCGCGGAGGCAGACAUAUGUGUAUUCCGCUUGGUUGAAAUAGACUAUAAAUCAAUCCAUGGUCCCGGAGCACAGGACGAGAAACAAAGCACCAAAGUUACCAUUUCAAUUCAGAGUUCUUCACAUCCAUAACACCUUGCUGCAAGUGAACAACACCUGCCAACCAAAAUGGCCUCGAUCAACAAAGAAUUAUAUGCUAUUGCGCCUGGCUCGCGUGUUCUGGUCACAGGUGCCAAUGGAUUUAUUGGUUCCCAUGUUGUUCAGCAACUCUUAUCUCUUGGAUACGUUGUGCGAGGAACGGUGCGUUCCCAGAAGCCGUGGCUCGAAGAACUUUUCAGGUCCAAAUUUGGACCCAGCAGUUUCGAGUCGGUUGCUAUCCCAGACUUGAGUGACCUUGACACUUUGAGCAAGGCAAUGUCGGAUGUUAGCGGAGCAUCAGAUGUUUCCUUUAGCCCGAAUGCUGAGGAGGUUAUUCCGAGAGUUGUUUCAGCCACUGAGACCAUCUUGGAAGCCGCCGCUAGGCAACCAGAGGGAUCAAUUCAGAGAGUCGUCCUGACCUCAUCAGCUUCAGCGGCAGCAUUACCACAACCAGGGGUGGAAGGGAUUGUGGUCACUGAAGACACGUGGAAUAUCGCGACGGUGAAUGCUGCUUUUGAUGAAAGUACGCCAGCAGAUGCCAAGCCGUUCACAGUUUACGUUGCGUCUAAGACAGAAGGUGAACAAGCGGCGUGGAAAUGGGUUGAGAAGAACAAGCCGGCUUUCGUGUUUAACGCGGUCUUGCCCUACUAUACUCUCGGACAAGUCCUUCACCCCGAGAUACCAGGCUCCACCAUGAAAUGGGCAGCCAACCUGCUUAACGGCGACGAUUCGAAAAUAGAAUUCGUCGACGUUGUAGACCUGGCACGCGUGCAUGUCGUUGGUCUUCUUCAUCCCGAAGUCAAGUCUGAACGUCUGUUUGCUUUCGCCUCGACCUUUACCUGGAAGGAAUUCGUCAGCAUUUUGCGGAAAUUCCGUCCAGAUAAUGCAAAAAUCCCAAUUCCUCCGGAGAAUGAGCUCCGAGACCUAAGUGAUAUCGUUCCUGCCCAGAGGGCGGAGAGUUUGAUCAGGUCACUUUUCGGGCGACCUGGUUGGAUUGGAUUAGAGGAGUCAAUCCGGGCUGGAAUCGAUAGUCUGGGGUACUAGAGGUUUUCAAGACAUAGACAGACCCAGAGAAGUUGCAACACUUAUGCGCAAUUAGGUGGUAGGGCGUCG